UGGCGCGGAGGGAGUAGGUUAGGCGCUGUGGGAGGGAACGCCAGAGCUAGGCGGUGACUGCGGCCUGGUCGCGUGAGGUGCGGCAGCUCCACUUCAGGUGUGACUAGCAGCGAGGCCGUGGUGGGAAGCUUAGGGUCGAGCGCAAUCCCCUGAGCUUUGUGAUCGCUGUCACCAUGGACCGCCCGGAUGAGGAGCCUCCAGCUAAGACCUGCCGCCUGAGCAGUGCCGAGCUCCCUCAGCGCGACUUGCCGCCGCCGGCGCUCCUUUGGCUGCCUUUGCCUCCACCUCAGCAGCGCCCGAGGCUCCGGGAGGAAACCGAGGUGGCACAGGUGCUGGCAGACAUGAGUGGGGGGAGACUGGGCCCUGCUCUGCCCCCGCCGCCACCCUAUGUCAUUCUGGAGGAGGGGGGGAUCCGCGCGUACUUCACCCUGGGCGCUGGGAGUCCUGGCUGGGAGCCUGCAAUCGAGUCAGGGUACGGCGGGGCGCCCCCUCCCACGGGAAGCCUAGACACACAGGCUGCUUCAGAGGUUUCUGGGGGAGGCCUGGAAAUCGGGUUUCAGGUUACCGGGCCCAGCAGCCUUGCUGUGGAGAAGGCCCGAGAAACCUGUAGCGCAGCGGGGUGGCGGUCCCAGAGGUUAGCUGGUCCAAAGAGGAAGGAAGAGGCUGUUAUCAUAGUGGAAGAAGAGGAUGAUGAUGAAAAGGAAGGUGAGAAGAGGAAGAGGAGGAGGAGGAAGAAGCAGAGGAAGGUGAAGAAGGAAAGCAGAGAGAAGAAUGCCGAGAGGAUGGAGUACAUCCUGCAGGCACUGGAGAGUAUUCAACUGGACCUGGAGGCGGUGAACAUCAAGGCAGGCAAGGCCUUCCUCCGUCUCAAGCGCAAAUUCAUCCAGAUGCGAAGACCCUUCCUGGAGCGCAGAGACCUCAUCAUUCAGCACAUCCCAGGCUUCUGGGUCAACGCAUUCCUCAACCACCCCAAAAUUUCAAUCUUGAUCAACCAACGUGAUGAAGACAUUUUUCGCUACUUGACCAAUCUACAGGUACAGGAUCUCAGACAUGUCUCCAUGGGCUACAAAAUGAAGCUGUACUUCCAGACAAACCCCUACUUCACAAACAUGGUGAUUGUCAAGGAGUUCCAGCAUAACCGCUCAGGCCGGCUGGUGUCUCACUCCACCCCAAUCCGCUGGCACCGGGGCCAGGAACCCCAGGCCCGCAGGCACAGGAACCAGAACACCAGCCACAGCUUCUUCAACUGGUUCUCAAACCACAGCCUCCCAGAGGCUGACAGGAUUGCUGAGAUUAUCAAGAAUGACCUGUGGGUUAAUCCUCUACGAUACUACAUGAUGGGAGAAGGGGGCUACAGGGCAAACAGAAAGAAGCAAGAGGAGUUAAGUAAUACCAAGGAUGAAUGUGAGGUGAUGAUCCUGGAAGAUUCUGACAACUAUCAAGCAGUGAAAGACAUUAUCAGCGAGACCUCAGACAGUGAUUCAACAUCCGACAAUGAAACCCUUUAUGACAUCAAGAUCUCUGACUUCAUGGAGACGACUGACUACUUCGAGACCACUGACAAUGAGAUAACUGACAUCAGUGAAAGUCUCUGUGACAGUGAGAGCCCUGACCACAAUGAGAGCCCUGACAGUGAGACCACUGAUAACAAUGAGAGCACCAACAGCGAGACCACUGAUAAUGAGAACACUGACAACAUUGAGAGUGCCAAUGACGAGAGCCCCAGCAACAACAGUGAGAACCCUGAAAACAAUAACAAGAAUGUCAAUGACAAUGAGAAUCCUGCUAACAAUAAUGAGAGCCCUUACAACAAUGAUGAGAACGCUGAUGGUAACAGCGAUAAGAACCUCAGUGGUGAUGAUGAGAGCCCUGAAGGUAGUAACCAGAGCAACAAUGGCAACAACCAGGGCAGCAGUGAUAGUGACAAUGAAGGAGAUAUCGAGGGCAGUGAUGAUGAAAAUAAUGAUGGCAAUGAAGGUGACAGUGAGGGCAGUGAUGAUGAUGGCAAUGAAGGUGACAGUGAGGGCAGUGAUGAUGGCAAUGAAGGUGACAAUGAGGGCAGUGAUGAUGAUGAUGAAGACAUUGAGGGCUAUGAGAAUGACUUUGCAGACCCUGACAAGGAUCAAGAUAACAGCAACAACCAGAACGACAAUGAGAUAGAGGACAUCUCAGAAGAAGAGUCAGAGGAAGAAGAAGAGGAGGGCAAUGAGGAAGGCAGUGAGCAAGACAGCGAUGACGAGGCAGGAGGCGAAGACUCCGACGUGGGGGAGGUGCUUCAGGCCCCAAACUCUUGGGUCAACCCAGAAAAGUGGGGGAAAACAAGAUAAACUCCUUACCCUUGGUGGGGGGAGCCUCUGCAUCCACCUCCCCCUUCCCCUUUGCCCUCCCCCUUCCCCUUUGCCCUCCCCCUCAUCUAGGGCCGUGUGGCCCCACUUUGCUCUUCUGGGGGGUGAUCGACGUUUUACACAGGUUUAAAAUUAAUUUUUAUGGUUUAGUAAUUGCAGUUCUUAUUUUGGGGGCGAGGGAAAGGGAGACUCCCCCUUCCUUUCGCCCCCUCCUCCCCCAUAGGCUUCUGUGUGCUGCUAAACGUAUUUAUUGUGUUGCCUUUGCCAGGGCCUCUCAAUCUCCUAGUCAGUGCUUGUCCCAGCGCCCACUCCCACCGUGAUUCUAGAGUAGACACCCUGAUCCAGAAGCUGGGAGGGCCAUUGUGGCCUGCGUCACAGCCACGCAGUGGCCUUGAGAGGGCUCAGCUGCCAUUCUGUCCUCCCAAGCCUCUUUCCCGCUUCAUCCCUCUCCUUUCCUCACCAUUCCCCUGCUAGCCCUCUUGUCGGUGCCAGGCCACUUAGCCGUUCCUGCUUUCCCGCACCCCUCCCCCCAGAAGCCCCGCCUCGUUCUCUGUGAACCCAGGUAAUCGUAAUAAAAUUCUAAGCAAAUUCGAAGUGCUGCUUCUUGUCAUUUGUCCCGCCCAGUGCGCCGCCCUGAGUAGCUGGUCUCCCCUAGCACAGGUGCUCACGUAGCCGCUUCAUCUGAGCAAUUACAGGCAAGAUUGUGGUUGCAGCGGGAUUGGC